CGCAUGCGCGCGGGGCGAUAAACAAACCAGCAUGGUGGCACGGAAUCCGGACGGAGGCGAUGGGCAGUGAGAUCAAAACAGAGAUAAAGAUGGAGGCGGUGAAGAAAGGCCUGGCUGGACUUUCUCUGGAGGCUCACGAGCUCUACCUGAACCGGUCCGUGCCGUACCUGGACGGGCCCCCGGACCCGCUGCGGUUCUACCGGGACUGGGUCAGCCCCAACAAGCCCUGCGUCGUCCGGAACGCGCUCGGCCACUGGCCGGCGCUGUCCAGGUGGAGGCCGGACUACCUCAGAGAAAAGCUCGGCUCAAAGGAGGUGAGCGUGGCGGUCACUCCUAACGGCUACGCCGACGCCGUCCAGGGGGAUCGCUUCGUGAUGCCCGAGGAGCGGCGGAUGAGUUUCUCCUCGGUGCUGGACGUCAUCGAGGGCAAGGUGAGCCGGACCGGAGUGUUCUACGUCCAGAAGCAGUGCUCCAACCUGCUGCGCGAGCUGCCCGAGCUCCUGGAGGACCUGGAGCCCCACGUCCCCUGGAUGAGCUCGGCUCUGGGAAAGCUUCCAGAUGCGGUCAAUUUCUGGCUCGGAGAAGCAAAUGCUAUAACAUCUAGUCUGUACCAGCCGGCCGUCUACCGCCAGCAGGACGACGGUCACUUCGAGGUCAUCGACGAGAAGGCCUCGCAGAAGGUGCCUUGGAUCCCCUUAGACCCCCUGGACCCGGACCUGGAGCGGUACCCGCAGUACCGGCAGGCCCGGCCGCUCCGUUGCACCGUGAAAGCCGGAGAGAUGCUGUAUCUGCCCUCGCUUUGGUUCCACCACGUCCAGCAGUCGCACGGCUGCAUAGCAGUGAACUAUUGGUACGACAUGGAGUACGACAUCAAGUACAACUACUUCCAGCUGCUGGAGACUCUGUGUGAAGUCACGGGGUCGACGUGACGCCACCGUGGGAGCUACAAACAAACAUUCUGACGUCACGAAACCGUCCCCGAUGAGUGGAAGUACCCCUAGUGGUCAACGUGGACAAAGUUUCCCACAAAAAACACCCACAGAGGUUUGUCCAAACUGCAGCUCUCAGGAUGACCAACAUCUAUGAAAUGACAAAUCUUGGAAGAUAUAACGCUGCUAUUAUUUUACAAUAAAAAAAACUAUUUUAACAUUAUCAUUUCGUGCUUUAUUUAAGAGAAUAGAACAGAAGUUAUUCUUACAGUUGUGGGGGAAUUACUCCACAGACAAAGGGGUGUUGUCCCUCAGGACAAUUGACCUCAAGAACGAGGUGAAUGAUCACUUUAAUCAGUCUGAAUUUAAUAAAGGCUUCUUACGCAAAAAUAAGGAGUAUAAGAGUCACUAGGAUACAAGGAAAAGGGAAAGUUUUAAUCAGAACUGAGAGGUCAGAUCAGAGCUCCCU